GAACAGGGGGUGCGCAGGGGGCAGUAGUGUUUAUCUGAAAUGCCCCCGGGGCAGUAAAUGACCGCAGAUAGACGCUUGAGUCGCGCUGUUUUCCGCGCGUCAGUUUGUGAGGGAAACGGAGAGUUAGACGAGGCUGUUUGAAUCAAAGCGGUUCCUCCAGCGAUACUGAGCUCUUUAACCCUUCACAAAACAAUACAUCUACUUUAGUAAUAACGUUACCACCAUAAACUGAAGUUGUCUCAGAAGGAGAAGAUCGGUCAGUUCACGUCCUUCACGAGGGCCGCAGAGAGAACCGCCCUGUUCUGUCUGACCCACAAUGACUGGAGACUAGAGACGGCCAGCGAGAACUACUUCCAGAACCCUGAGCUGCACCGCAGAGACCCCAUGAAGACAGCAGUGGACCGCAAGAAGCUGGAUCAGCUCUACAACCGCUAUAAAGAUCCACACGAUGAGAAUAAGAUCGGCGUCGACGGGAUCCAGCAGUUCUGUGACGACCUCGUGCUGGAUCCGGUCAGCGUUAGUGUCCUGAUCGUGGCCUGGAAGUUCAGAGCGGCGACGCAGUGCGAGUUCAGCCGCAAAGAGUUCCUGGACGGCAUGUCAGAGCUGGGGUGUGACAGUCCCGAGAAGCUGAGGAAUCUUUUACCCAGACUAGAGCUGGAGCUGAAGGAUUCUGGGAAGUUCAGAGAAUUCUAUCAGUUCACGUUUAGUUUUGCCAAAAGUCCCGGACAGAAGGGUUUAGAUCUGGAGAUGGCCGUGGCCUACUGGAAUCUUGUUCUGACCGGACGCUUUAAGUUUCUCGACCUCUGGAACACUUUCCUUCUGGAGCAUCAUAAAAAAUCCAUCACUAAAGACACGUGGAACCUGCUGCUGGACUUCGGAAACAUGAUCGCAGAUGACAUGUGCAACUACGACGAGGAGGGUGCGUGGCCGGUGCUCAUCGAUGACUUCGUGGAAUUCGCUCGGCCGAUUGUGAUGGCGGGAAAUCACAAGACUCUAUAACAAGCGCUAAUGGGGAGGCCAAGUCGCUCUACAAUGACUUUUUAAAUAAAAAACAAGAAAUGCAUUUAAAAUAUAUAUAUAUAUAUAUAUAUAUAUAUAUAUAUAUAUAUAUAUAUAUAUAUAUAUAUAUAUAUAUAUAUAUAUAUAUAUAUAUAUAUUAUUAAACACAGAGAGAGUUUGUAUAUUGUGAGUCUGCUGCUGUUGAGAUCAGCGGCGUCCCCGACUGAACUACAUCUGUGUCCCUGCAGCACAAAAGCAGUCAUAAGCAGCACAGCUAUAUUUGUACAUUGUAUGGGUCAAAAUUAUCCAUUUCUCUUUUAUGCCAAAAAUCAUUAGGAUAUUAAGUAAAGAUCAUGUUCCAUGAAGAUAUUUAGUAAAUUUCCUACUGUAAAUAUAUCAAAACUUAAUUUUUGUUUAGUAAUAUGCAUUGCUAAUAACUUCAUUUGAACAACUUUAAAGGUGAUUUUAUCAAUAUUUAGAUUUUUUUUGCAAAAAAUUUGUUGAAUUUUUUUUCCAAAAAAUUGACCCUUAUGACUGAUUUUGUGGUCCAGGGUCUUAUAUGAUCACUGAACAUCUUACACCAGUGUGUUUUUAGCAGCAUGUCACGAGCUCAACAUACAGGUGCAUGUCUGGUUGUUUGUUAGUAUUAAUAGUGCAGAACUUCACGUCGAGAACAAGCAAACAAGCUUCAUUUAGUCAUGUGAUGUCGACAAUCAAACAUGUCAGUUUGCGUUUGUUGUGAAAUUUGUGUUUUGAAAUUUCACUGUUUAAAAUAAUAGUUAACUCAGAAAUUAA